UUCAACAGCAGCAACAGUUCGUCCGACACCUCAGUAGCUUGCUAGACAAAAUAGCCGAACCAAUAAAGCUCUUUAGAAGCUUUCUUGUUUAUUAGCCACUGUGUUUUAAACCCACUUCUGUCGUCUAGUUGGUUAUUCGAUUUAAUUAAAUAUUUCAUAUUUAAUUUCAUAUUUCACGGUUGUUAUUAGUCAGCUAGCGGGUUGGUUGAGUUAGCAUUAGCCUAGCUAGCUAAAAUACCCGACCAUGAGUUCACUAAGCUACUCGCCUCCUGCUAAAGAAGAGAGGGUCUGCUGGACGGAGAAAGAGGGACUGUGGCUGAACGUUAUCGUGAAAGAGGAAGAGGAGGAUGUCACAAUACAAAAACAAGUAGAGGGUGAGGCUGUUACAGUGAAAGAAGAAGAGAAAGACGUUUCAGUGAAAGAAGAGGAAGACGCGUUCAGAGUGAAAGAGGAGGAGGAUGUUACAGUAAAAGAAGAGGGGGAAGAGAAAGAGGAGGAUGCCGUUUUUGAAGUAAAGGGCCAAGAGAUAACUGUCACAUUGAAGGAGGAGAAGGAAGAACAGGAGGAGGAGACAGGAGAUCUGAUUAAGACCAGAGAGAGACGGGACUAUCGUGGAUCCUCUGGGGAGCCUCAACAACCUCAUGAUGCGGAAGAGGCAGAGAAGAGUCCUUCCAGACCAGAACACCUCAAGAAACACCUGCAGAGAUCCACAUGGAAGAGAACUCACUGCUGCUCUGACUGUGGGAAGAGAUUCACCUCAUCAGGCAUUAAAAUUCAUCAGAGAAUCCACACAGGAGAGAAACCUUAUAGCUGUGAUCAAUGUGGGAAGAGUUUUACUACAUCUGGCUCUCUGACAGUGCACCAGAGAAUACACACAGGAGAGAAACCUUAUAGCUGUGGUCAAUGUGGGAAGAGGUUUACUCAGUCAACCAGCCUGAUAUCACACCAGAGAAUACACACAGGAGAGAAACCUUAUAGCUGUGAUCAAUGUGGGAAGAGUUUUACUACAUCUGGCUCUCUGACUUUACACCAGAGAAUACACACAGGGGAGAAAUCUUAUAGCUGUGAUCAAUGUGGGAAAAGUUUUAUUCAAUCUAGUUAUCUGACAAUGCACCAGAGACUACACACAGGAGAGAGACCUUACAGCUGUGGUCAAUGUGGGAAGAGUUUUUGUCAAUCUAGAGAUCUGAUAGUGCACCAGAGAGCACACACAGGAGAGAAACCUUAUAGCUGUGGUCAAUGUGGGAAGAGUUUUACUACAUCUAGCAUUCUGACUCGACACCAGAGAACACACACAGGAGAGAAACCUUAUAGCUGUGGUCAAUGUGGGAAGAGUUUUACUACAUCUAGCAUUCUGACUCAACACCAGAGAACACACACAGGAGAGAAAUCUUAUAGCUGUGGUCAAUGUGGGAAGAGUUUUGUUCGAUCUGGCCAUCUGACAAUACACCAGAGAACACACACAGGAGAAAAACCUUAUAGCUGUGGUCAAUGUGGGAAGAGUUUUGUUCGAUCUGACUAUCUGACAUUACACCAGAGAACACACACAGGAGAAAAACCUCAUAGCUGUGAUCAGAGAUAAAAGAUCUCUGAUCAAAUAUCAGAAAAUUUAUACAUGAAGGAGUUGUUUCAUGAUAUCAAUGAAUUAAUGUCAUAAUGUAGAAGCCUAAACGUCCCCUGUUCUAUGGAUUUCAGAAUGAUAUAUAUAUAUAUUAGCCUGGGGGGGGUGGAAGAGUACUAUUUAUGUGAUUUAACAAAAAGUGACUAACAAAAAAAGAGUUGUCCUCUAACCAGGGAUGUACACAUUGUUCUCAGAUUCCGUGUGGUUUUUGAGCUGUUAGUUUUAACAGGACGUGCAACCUCAUCUCCCUCCUCAAUGUGAUAUCGAUGAGAUGAUGACAAAUAAGUGUUGUGUUCCUUUGUUUAGCGACCCCUAAAUUUAAAUGCAUCACUCCAAAAUGUAGCUCACUGUCUUCUGCAGGUUGUCCUCUAACCAGUGAGGUAAAAUAUAUCUCCCAUUUCCAUAUGUUUUUUUUAGUUGUGUUAGUUUCAACAGCAAGUACAACCUGAUUUACCAACCCCCCCCCCUAAUUGAUAUCAGUGAUUUAUUGCUACUUGUCAAAACAACAGCGUUUUUGGUGCUUGUGUCUGUGGUGAGGACCUCUUGGUUUCUGAUUGUCUCAAGGUUGGGCAGUCAAAAAGAUUUGUGUUUUGUGUUUAGCCAGUGUGUUCCAUGGAUCACACAUUAUUUUGACUUUCCGUAUUGGAGAUGAGUUUUGUUUGGGCUCGUUCCAAGGGGACGAGAGUUCUAGAAGCUAGUGAGUUUUAGGAAGACGACAUGAAGGGAGAACUGAUUAAAAUAAAAUAUACACUUUCUUUUUUCUUGUUUUUAAUUGUUGACAGCCAGUAGACACCAUGUUUAUAUUGUAGUUGAUUAUAAUGUGAAAUGGAAGUUGUUUUCUGUUGAUGGUGAGCAUUCUCUUAAAUUAGUCUUUGUUUUUUCCAUUUAUGUUUUGAGGUUGGACUUUAGCUCGUAUAGCUCGUUAGCACGUAGGGCGCACUGAUUGGUGUCACCUCGUUAGUCAAUAUGUGUUACACCUGUGCUAGCUUGUCCAUCUCGUUAGUGGGAAGGUGUUUCAGGUUCUAUUUAAGAGUGUCUGGCCCAGUGCUCCAGUUGUCUUGAUAGAUGUGGAAUGUCAACACCUUUAGUUGAUCCACCUUUUUGGUUUACUUCCUGUGUAAGUUUGGUGUGGGUUUUUCUUUUGUUUGCCUCUUCUUGGGCAGAUUUAGUGGGUCUCAUGGUGGGUGUCUUUUAUGUCCCUUUUAUGUUUUAUUGUUACAAGUCAACUUUCAGUGGACAUUGAGAGCAAAACUGCAACAUUAUGUUAUAAUACUUUUAUUGCAUCAAAUGGUUGUUUUAUGCAACAGAAUAGAGGGUUCUUAGAACUAUUGUGUUGGUGUGUUCUACUGAGGAUGGGCCUCGGAGAGAAAACACUGACAGGAGAUUUACAAUGUAUUUUGGGUGAUAAAACCUAAAGAGACCGCAUUCCAGAGCAUGAGUUAAUGUUUCUGUUCUAUAUGGUACCAGGGAGAGGGCCAGUAAACCUCAGGGCCAGUUCUCGUCUCUACACAAAGAGUACUGUUUUUACAUGAGAUACUGUCUGCUGUGAAUUAUAAGUAUCUUUCAUACAAAUCUUAACCUUGUGACCCGUUCUAUACAUCUGUUGUUCGUCAUGUAGGUUGAAAGGGGUGUAUCUUGGCUGUAAAAGACCUUUGUACUUUUGUCUCGUGGCUCUCAACAAAUCAUCUGGGGGUUAUUUGUCGACCAGCCAUCAUUAUUGUAGAGCACUCAAUUGAUUCACUUUAUAUGUGCGUUGUCUUGACCUGCUCCCUUAUUAAUAAGUGAAUAAAGAUUUAGUUUAAGAAUAA